UUUCAAGAAAUAGUUUUUGGGGCUAUAUUAGGUUCCCAAAUGGAGGUUCCCUCAGCCACCAAACUUGAUGAAAACUUUGUGUUUGCGAAUGGGUUGGAGAUGCAACAAGAAUUCUUCCCGGAGGAGGAACUGGGGGACCCUUUUCUUCAGGGAAGGGGUUUAGAGCAAAUGGCUGUUAUCUACAAGGAAAUCCCUCUUGGGGAGCAAAAUGAAGAACAUGAUGAUUAUGAGGGCAACUUCAGUCUGUGCUCAAGCUCUGUUCAGCAUCAGAGUAUCCCCUCAGUAAAUAGACACCAGGAUGAGGAAAUUUUUGGUCAAACAUUCCUCCAAAAGUCAGACCUUAGUAUGUGUCAGAUAAUCCAUGGUGGUGAAGAACCCAGUGAACAUGAUUGUGAACAAGUGGGCAGGGGGGACUUGAGACCUAGUGAACCUCAUACAAUUGUACAACCAAUAAAACCCUAUGCAUGUCGGGAAUGUGGGAAGGCCUUUAGCCAGAGCUCUCACCUUCUCAGGCACCUGGUGAUUCACACUGGGGAGAAGCCCUAUGAGUGUUGCGAGUGUGGGAAGGCCUUCAGCCAGAGUUCUCACCUCCUCAGACAUCAGAUAAUUCACACUGGGGAGAAGCCCUAUGAAUGCCAGGAAUGUGGAAAAGCCUUUCGCCAGAGCUCAGCCCUCACACAGCAUCAGAAAACUCACAGUGGGAAGAGACCCUAUGAGUGCAGAGAGUGUGGGAAAGAUUUUAGUCGGAGUUCAAGUCUCAGAAAACAUGAGAGAAUUCAUACUGGAGAGAAACCUUAUCAGUGUAAAGAAUGUGGGAAAUCCUUCAACCAGAGUUCAGGUCUGAGCCAGCAUCGGAAAAUCCACACCUUGAAGAAACCUCAUCAGUGUGACCUCUGUGGGAAAGCCUUUUGUCACCGGUCUCACCUCAUUCGGCACCAGAGGAUUCAUACUGGGAAGAAACCAUACAAAUGUGAAGAAUGUGGGAAGGCCUUUAGCCAGAGUUCCAACCUCAUUGAGCAUCGGAAGACCCACACUGGUGAGAAACCCUACAAAUGCCAUAAAUGUGGAAAAGCCUUCAGCCAGAGCUCUUCACUCAUUGAACACCAGCGCAUACAUACUGGGGAGAAGCCCUAUGAGUGUGGUCAAUGUGGGAAGGCCUUCUGCCAUAGCUCUGCCCUGAUUCAGCAUCAGAGAAUCCACACUGGGAAGAAACCCUAUGCGUGCAAUGAGUGUGGCAAGGCCUUUCGGCACAGGUCGGCCCUUAUUGAGCAUUAUAAAACCCACACCAGAGAGAAACCAUAUGUGUGUAAUAAAUGCAGCAAGUCCUUCAGGGGAAGCUCACACCUUAUUCGACAUCAGAAAAUUCAUGUUGGGGAGAAGCUGUAGAAGAAGCUCACAAAAGCAUGAAAGCCUACCCUAAAUAGAACCUAUGCCCAACCUUGAUGGAUGACCCUCUCUCCCUCCCCGAUAAAAGUGCUGAAUGGAAAGGUGCCGAUCUAAGCACUCCUGAACUUGGUACAUACUGGCAACAGGCUCCUGGCCAGAUGCCCUGAAUUAUUCAGGUUUACUGAACAAAAAAAGGGAUCAGGGUGAUAGGAAGGCUGUUGAAAUGGAAGCACAUUGGUAAAGAGGGCUGCCCUUUUGUUUUCUCAUUCUCAUAUCUGACUUCCAAAUCUGUGAGAUUGAGAUUUGCCCUCAGCUUGAUUUUCCCAGUAUCCAGAAGAAGAAAAAAUGUCAGCGGGAGGAAGAUGAG